AUGUCAUCAGGCAUCCAAAUAAAAACAAAGACUGCAGCACCUAAAAGCAAGACAUGUUCUCCAGAAUCACAGCCGAAGCCUAGUGACAAGCUGAAUCCUAAAACUAUUGAUCCAUUUCAUGCUUAUUCUCAACCACCAUCUGCAUUUGCUGCUACAUAUGCUAGAGGUGGCAUUCCAUGCAGGUUAGUGCAUGGAUCAGUAAAGCACAAACUGCAGUGGGAAUGCCCUCCUGAAACUCUUCUCUUUGAUCCUCUUCUUUUAACAUUGGCAGAGGGACUAAGAGAAACAAAACAUCCUUAUACUUUUGUUUCCAAGGAGGGUUUUAAAGAAUUACUUCUGGUUGAAGGUGCUGCUGAAAAAGCUAUUCCCUUGUUGCCUCGUCUAGUUCCAGUCUUAAAGGCUGCACUGGCCCAUGUGGAUGAUGAAGUUUUUGGAAGGGGAUUGGAAGCUUUAGUGCAAUUGAGUGCUGUUGUUGGCCCAUCUCUUAAUGAUCAUCUUAAACUUCUACUCACAAAUCUAUUAAAGAGAUUAAUGGACAAGAAAUAUAGAGAAAAAGUUACUGUUGCUUUACAAAAGUUGGAGCACCAUGGUGGAAAGGCAGCUGUGGCUAUCAUCAAAUCUAAAAUUCCAACCUAUUGUUCUAUAUACUCUUGA